AUGCCGAUGCUCUCGCCAGCCUGCCGAACCUUCAUGGAGAAGUUGGAGCUCUCACCCUUCGACCAAACCAUCGCGCGCCUCUUCGUCCACAAGCUAUUCUGCUUUCCAUUCCCGGACGCCUCCCUCCAGGACGCAGCAGUCGAAAGCCUUCAGCAAGCGCUCUCUGCGACCAUCUUGAAGUGGCCCUUCAUCGCCGGCACGGUCUCUCCUGAUGAUGAUGCCCCUCAGAAGCACGCCGUCAAGUUGGAGUAUGACCCACCACUGAUCGGCGGCAUCGGCGAGCAUGUCUUCACCGUUCGAAACCUGUCAGCACCAGAGUUUCCGUGGGCUUACGAUCAGCUGGCGGAGGCGGGCAUGCCCCUAAGCGCCAUGAACAAGGAUGUGCUGACAUCAGUGCCUGAGUGGCCGGCGCCUGGACAGCCGUACCCUGCCCUUGCGAUCCAGGCCAACUUCAUCGAGGGCGGACUUAUCAUCUGCUUCGCCUUCCAUCACGCGGUCGCCGACGGUGGCUCGUUCAUCACGUUCAUCAGGGCCUUCGCGGACGCCACGAGGCAUGCGAUCAGACAUGACUCCGCGAUGGUGAUGCCAGUCGAGCCGAGAGUCUGCUAUACCAGCCACAUCGGAGCAGACGUGCGCGAGCUACAAUCGUUCCCGGAGUACGACAGCAGAUCCGUCCCUGUCCACCAUGCCGCCUAUAAAGAGAUCACCACUCGCAUCCUUACAUUCUCCGCGGCCACAAUGCAGAAGCUCGAGGCGAACAUCAAGGCCGAGCUCAAGACGAUGCCGGAUGCUCCUAGCUUCGUCUCGAACAUCGCAUGCCUAUCUGGAUUGAUCUGGAUUGCGGUGGUCAGAGCUCGUCGCAAUCGUCUACCUCCAUUCGCAACGACCAAGAUCGGCAUUGCCAUCAACGCUCGCAGCGUCAUGACUCCGAAGCUGCCAGAAGACUACUUCGGAGACGCUGUGGUGCACACGAAUGCGACAGCAAAAGUGUACGAGCUAUUGGACGCCGACGCCGAUGCUGCUCACUCUCUCAAGCCCAUCUCUGUCGCUACCAUGGCACUCGCGGCCUCCCGCAUGCGCCAAGCCGUUUCAAAAGUCAAUUCAGAGUACGUCAGUGAGCGCCUCAAGACCUUCUCUGCGCUCUCCGAUCCGACUGAACCCUGUCGCGCCUACACUGCAGCCAUCGACAACUCUCACACUGGGCUGGACUUCAGCUCGUGGCGCGAACAAGGUGCCGACAUCGAAUUUGGCAUUCCGGGCAUCGGGACGAAGACUGUGCAGUUCUGGAGGAAGACCUGGUCGCCGAAUGAAGGGGCGUACAAUAUCUUGCCACGGAAGGGUGGUUCGAAGGGUACGGCGGACUGGGAGGUCUCCCUUGGGUUGAGUAUGGAGGAUAUGGAGAAGGUGUGCUCGGAUGAGGAGUUGGGAGCGUGGACGACACGGAUUGUUGACUACAGGAAUUAA